UCUAGUUGUAUUUCCUCAAGUCACAGAAGUGCAUGUGAGCGCGUAAAGAAAACAUUUAUCCGACGUUGGCUGUCAUUCUAAACUGGAGAAAAUUGAUUUAGCUGUUUUGCAGGUGUCUUUAUUCACUUGGUCUGCCAGGGCAUCAGUACGCAGAGAAGCGCACAGUUGAAGUAAAGGAGAGACGCCGAUUUCAAUCACAUUUCCAACCACCGUGAAUAGGACAACAUCGAUAUUCUCCUAUGUUCGGAACGAUCUUUGUAAACAUGACGAGUUUGAAGGCGUUUACCGAGCCGUUUGUGCAUCCUGAGCAAGCAGCUACAUGUUCUCUGCAUUCCCUUGCUGAGCAGAAACAGUCUUGAAUGGAUUCAGACUGCACAGGUUUGGAUUCGUCUACAGCACUGAAUGUGACUGAAUGUGGCAGUGCAGAUUAUUCUCUGUUCACUCUUAAAAUUUUAUCCAGGGACAUUAGUUCAUCCCUCUGCUGCUGUAAAGAGUGAACCCACAGCAUGACUUUUAAACAGUAAAAGUUCAUGCUAUACUUAUUUAUGAGAGUGUAAAACUUUUAGAGCAGAAAUUAAGAUUUAAUUUUACACUGGUUCCUCACCCAUGGACUUACAUUUUGUAUAUUUUUCUGGUUAACACUCUUUUCUGUUUUGAAGCUUGAACCAGAGUUUGAGAAGUUGCUUAUUUUUCCCCAGCUGUGGUCGGUACUUUCAGCUGUCAUCAUGAUUAGAGUAAAAGGGAGAGUGUCCUCUGAACCAGUGGAGGACACGGACCCCAGCAGCUUCGUUACAGAGAUGUCUCUGAGGUCGAACUAUCCUGUCCAGGUCACUGAUCCACAAGAUAUUAGAGAUCCUGUGACCCUGAAGCUCAGCUCAGUUCCCCCUGGUUACUUGACUCCACUGGCAGACAGGAUACAACAGCCUGUGGAAAAUGAUGGGGACAAAUUUAUUCCAUCUGCUUCUGUUUCAUCAGAUUUUAGCAAAGACCUUACAUCCUGUAAGGAGUGCUUGUGUUCCGCCCCUCCUCCCAAAAUCAGCGACUUAAUGAAUGACGAAGACCUUCUGUACACACUGAGGCUGAAGCUGGACCCGACUCACUGCAUUGUAAAAAACUGGAAGAACUUUGCGAGUCGCUGGGGGAUGAGUUACGAUGAGCUUACACUUUUAGAGCAGCGCACACACGGAUCCACCUACCACAGCCCCACUCAAGAGUUCCUACUGCGCUACAACCAGAAACCUGUCAAGGAACUCACCGAACUCUGCCAGAUCUACCAGCGCAUCGACGUGCUAAGAUUGCUCCAGAGAUGGAUGGAAAACGACUGGCCCUUGCGCUGGCAGAAGGCCAAUUAACAGGGGCUCAGUGAAAACAAUGACUGGACUUCAAUGCAGCAACAUCUGCAUAGAAUCUUAAAGUAAUGAUUCAGGGAUGGAUGGCAAGUCAGAACAUACACUACUAAACAGUGGUGGUGCCUGGAUAUUGUUUACAUGGUUGUAAAUGUUUGUGUUCCCUUUAUCGACACAUCGGUUGCAUUGGCUCAAUUUAUCGCUCCAGAUUUCAGUAUUUUUUAUAAUGUCACAUCCUUGAAACGCAGGUAAUAGCUAUGUGGUUGGAAGGAGUGAUCAACAAAUAUAGCAGUGGCCUCACUGCAUUGAAAAGACCAAGUGUGCUCAAGUGUGAACAAUCUGGAAAUUCUUUAUCGGUCCGGUCAUUUAUAACAUGCGUGGCAUUUAAUUUAUUUUUAAAUAGAAAUAGUCAUCUCAUAUUUACUUGUGGUGUUGCAGUGUUUGUUAGGGUUGUCUUAUGAAGUGUUAUAUGUCCUUACAUUAGUCACAUUUUUUAUGGUAUGAGUCACUGCACUCAGUUUUGAGACUGUUUCUCACCAUUAGUGUUGCCUUCCUGCCACCCUAUAACGACUUGUGAAUGAAUCACAAUGGAGCGGUGGUGUCAUUUCUGGAAGAGAGUUUACAGGGAUUCUCAAAACUGAAUGGUUAAUACUAAGAACAUUUCAGCACUAAAUGAAUUUGAGCAUUUUGUUUCUCAUUGUAACAAAUCCUAAAAUAUAUUAUAUCCCAAGAUAAAAGGAGAUUAGAGGUAGUUUUGAUAAAUGUGAUUGACUUUCUUGGAUUUUUCAUCAUUUCCCAGACAAUAUUAAUGCAUUGUCAUUUUGCAGUCGAUUGUCAGUUGAUUAUACAAAAUAAAAUUCCUCAGAAUGCCAUUUUAAGUAAAGCAACAUAAAAUAAAACAGAAUUACUAAGGUAUAAAACUUAAAUAUUGAUCUGUUUUUCACCCACACCUAUCAUAUUGCUUCAGAAGACAGAUUUAACCACUGGAGUCGGAUGGAUUACUUUUAUGCUGCUUUUAUGUGCUUUUUGGACCCUUUGAGUUCUGGUCACCAUUCACUUGCAUUGUAUGGACCUAUAGAGCUGAGAUAUUUUUCUAAGAAUCUGUGUUUGUGUUCAGCAGAAGAAAGUCACUCAUCUGGGAUGGCAUGAGGGUGAGUAAAUGAUGAGAGAAUUUACAUUUUUAGGUGAACUAACCCUUUUAAAUUUCCCAUUGCACUGCUCACUGAGCACUUAAAUUUACUAUAAUGUUUGGUUUGAAUGGCACUUAAACUUUAUUUUUUGUUUUGAGUCUAAGAAAGCUUCACCAUGGAUAUCUCUAGUUUCUUUGAGAAAAGAGCAGUAAACAUGCAGUAUAACUGCACAGAACUAUUGAUAUUAAACUUGAAUAGUACAGUUCUGGGCUGUUUUGAUGAUCAUUAGAUAUUUGAUAGUUUCACAAUGCAGGGGGUUGGUGGUCACAGUAUCACAUAUGUGAAGUUUGAACAUUUAUGGUUGAAUGCCAUUUUGCAAGUGUAGGUGUAGGUUGUAAGUACUUCUGAACUUUAAAAAAAAGCUACAAUUUUGAGUAUGUUUGGUGUUCUACUGUACUCAGCUUUUGAUUCCCUUUGAAACUACAGAAAGCCAUAUUUGUUUGUUGUGCAUCACUGGCUCUCUCUGUGUUUAAAAAUAAACUUUAUUUGAGAAGUCUUUGAA